AUGGGCGGCGGCCUCAGCCCUCCACUGACCCUCCUCCUCGCAUGGGCGAUCGAUCGGGAGAGGUAUCCAUAUGGUGCGCGGCAUGGCCACUUCAUCAUCAUCUUGAUGGCCGUGUCGCUUUUCAUUACUCUCGUUGUAAUCGCUUUGAGGUUGUGGGCGCGCUGUAGGAUCAGACGCAACGCUGGGCUGGAUGACUGGCUGAUCGUGGCUGCAGUCCCGAUCCUUCUUGGCUACGAUGCUUGCCAUGUUUUAGGCUACUUUCUUUACGGUCUAGACCGCCACAUCUGGGAGUUGACGACCGAACAAGCCAUUCAUAGCCGCAUGGUUACGUGGUGUAUAGCCGUCAGCUACAUGCUAAUCACGGCGCUAACCAAGAUCUCGAUUCUGACAUUCUACCGGCGCUUAAGUCAUGGCACCUACACCACGUCUUGGAUCUGGACCGUGCGCGGCUUCAUUGCCUUCGUCGCUGCUCUAGCGGUCACCUUUGCUAUUCUACUCUGCGCCGGCUGCCGGCCGUUCAAGGCCUUUUGGCUCAGGGUGAACAUAGAAUGGGUCAUGAACAACGAGUACACCUGCUUCAACGAAGGCGUCAACUUCAUCAUUUUCGCCGUCAUCAACGUCAUCACCGACGCAGCCGUCUGCAUCCUCCCGCUACUCGUCCUGCGCCGGCUACAGAUGCCAAAAAGGCAGAAAUGGGCCCUGAGCGCGCUCUUCGGCAUCGGAUUCUUCCUCUGCUUCUGCGGCAUCAUGCGCCUGGUCUGGCUCUACAUCGUCUACUACACGACGUACGACCUGACGUGGACGACCAACUACAUCUUCUCGUGGACGCUGGUCGAGACGCACUUCUCCAUCGUCUGCGCGUCGGCGCCGGCCUUGAACGUCUUCUUCCGCCGCAUCCUGCAGGCCACGACGCACCGCGAUCCGAACAGCAACCCCUCGCACCAGCGCAACGUGUACAGCACCAUCGGCAGCGGCUCUGCUGUUGGUGGUAGUCGUCCUCGGCUCAACGACGACGGCGGCGAGAGCGGUGAGAGUGGUAUUUAUAUGGCCGACAUGAUCGCGUACAAGGCGGCCAAGGCGGAGGCGAAGAGGAGGGAGAGGGCGUCGUCGCUGUUCUCGGUGUCGGAGGAGAACGGCAAGGAUGAGGGGAGCAGCAGAAGAGGAAGUUCGAUGACGGUUACGCACGAAGAAUUGGACGCGGAUAGGGUAGCGAGAGAGAGCGAUGAUACACUGCCGGCGGUUGAAGAAGAGCAACCGCGGAGUAGCAGAGGGAGCACCGACAGCAUACUAGAGACGCAUCACGUUGUUGUUGGAGGAUUAGGUAAAUGA